AUGGUUUGGAACCGCAUUGCGCUUGUCAGUCUGCUGCUCGUCGUGCUUGCCGCUGGCCAGUGCGACGAAGGCACCUGCCAAAGCCUCCAACCAUACUUCAAUUGUCCAGUAAACUUCGACGAAGGGGCUGCCGGCGCGGGGAACACGAUGGCAUUCGCCGUUUGCACAGACAUUGGCGACGUUGUCGUGCGGGUCGGAUUUGUGCGCGACAGCCACUUCGAGCACUAUUAUGUCAACGCUUUGCAGGUGUUGGAGCCACACCUAGGGGAGGACGGUACCUUCUAUCUGCCGAAUCACCUCGAUCACUUGCCUGCUGAAGAAAGGUUUGUGGAAACAGCAUUCCUGGCAGGGUUGUGGUCGGCAUUGAGAUCGCGGCCACUCAGACCAAUCCACCUCAAGCGGGAAGUCCACAGCGAACUCUUGUGGCGCGAAAAUCUCAGGCGAUCAGUCGGAUGGGUGUUUGACAUCGUCGGACCGGCAGCGUCAUGCAUGUACUGCUUCAACGACACGGCAGUGGCAAGUUACCUUCCUUUAUGCAAAUGCCAACCGGGCGAUGCAGCAGGAUGGUGCCGCCCUGCCCAAGGAGCGCGGCUUCCCUUUGCGCUGGAAGUGGAGGUCAUGACUCGAGCAAGGCCCGUAGGCCCGUCGAUCCCGCAAAUGACCAUCUCGCAGUUGCUGGUUCUUCUGACUGGCUACACCAUGGACCUGCAAAAGAUGACCUACCUUGGGUUUUUGCACGACAACCAUUUCGGGAACCUUCUUCUGGUCGGAACGGGUCAGACUCAGAGCCGGAUGGCCUGGCAUGACUUUGGUGCUAGAAGCUACUUCCAAAACGCCACGACAGAACAGUUCGAAAGCUUUAGAGAGCACUUCGACAUGUGCUACGACACUGUGAUUGAACAUCUCACUCGCCGCGGCACGGUCGGCCUCAUUGAAGAGUUGGGCCAAAUCAAGUCGGAGUGGAGCUUGCAAGGGAUUGUCCAUGUGCGUGGCGUAUCAGACGCACUGGCCACGCUCGCAGAGAAGUUGCAGCAGGUGAUCAUGCAAUGGGCCGACGGCAGCAUCGACAUCCGGCGUUCGGUGCUGCGAGCAUGGAGCCGAGCAUUGACACCAACAAGAGCUGAGGAACUUCGUGAUUUUCUGGAGCGAGGCGCUACCUCGGCGCCAUCCACUGUCUGGGUGCGGGAGCUAGACAGCAAGGAAGGUGCUGCGUGUGAGAGCAAAUGUCGAGCACGGAAUCUGCUCGCUGUUGGGAGACAGGACGAUCACCGCCAAGCUGAGGCCCAAGGAGGAUUCCGAUUGCCGGUCGUUUUGGAGCAGCGCAAGGCCAUCAAGCAGAAGAACCCCGUCAGUCUCAGGGACAUCGAUGCAAGGCAUAUCUACAUCUACCUGUACUCACAAGAAGCUGGAGCGUGGCAACUCGUCAGAGACGAAUCGGAAGUCCUGCGUCAGAACACAAGCAGGCUAGAUUGCUACGGCUUUUUGCCGCGGCGGGCGACUUGA